GGGGGCCGGAGCUACGCCUUUGGCGUAAGGCGUCCGGGAUCCGGAAGUACGCCUUCGGCGUAAGGCGUCCGGGAUCCGGAAGUACGCCUUUGGCGUAAGGCGUCCGGGAUCCGGAAGUACGCCUUUGGCGUAAGGCGGCCGGUCCCGGAGGUACGCCUUUGGCGUAAGGCAGUGGGGGCCCGGAGCUACGCCUUUGGCGUAAGGCGUCCGGGAUCCGGAAGUACGCCUUCGGCGUAAGGCGUCUGGGAUCCGGAGGUACGCCUUUGGCGUAAGGCAGCCGGGCCUGGAGGUGCGCCCUUGGCGUAGCGGAGGAGGAGGAGGAGGAAGGAGCGGGACCGGCCCCUUUCGGGGGGCCAUGACGGCCCCCGUCAAGAAGCGGAAGAUGAACUUCUCGGAGCUGGAGGUGGAGAUCAUCGUGGAGGAGCUGGAGCGCCAGAAGCACCUGCUGGUCAACCACUUCAACGCGGGCGUGCCGCUGGCCGCCAAGAGCGCGGCCUGGCAGGACAUCCUGCGCCGGGUCAACGCCGUCACCACCUGCCGCCGGGAGCUGCCCGAGGUCAAGAAGAAGUGGUCGGACCUGAAGACCGAGGUCCGGCGCAAGGUGGCCCAGGUGCGGGCGGCCGUGGAGGGCGGCGACCCCGGGGAAGGCCACGCAGCGGCCGCGGGGGACGCGGGAGACCCCGGCCUGGCGCCCGUCCUCCUCACCCCCAUGCAGCAGCGCAUCUGCAACCUGCUGGGCGAGGCCACCGUCGUCAGCCUGCCCGGGCCCGAGCCCCUGCACCCCCUGCCCCUGCCCAGCGCCGACGCCACCGUCACCCUCACCCAGAUUCCCGCCGAGGCCACGUACCACACUUUGGAGGACGGAGUGGUGGAGUACUGCACGACGGAGGCCCCCUCCACGGUCACGGCCGAGGCCCCGGUGGAGAUGCUGGCCCACCCGGCCGACGUGGCCCUCAAGCCCCAGGAGCUCAAGAGCCGCAUCGCCCUCAACUCGGCCAAGCUGCUGCAGGAGCAGCGCGUCACCAACCUCCACGUGAAGGAGAUCGCCCAGCACCUGGAGCAGCAGAACGACCUCCUGCAGAUGAUCCGCCGCUCCCAGGAGGUGCAGGCGUGCGCCCAGGAGCGCCAAGCCCAGGCCAUGGAAGGGACCCAGGCAGCCCUGAGCGCCCUCAUCCAGGUCCUCCGUCCGAUGAUCAAAGAUUUCCGCCGUUACCUGCAGAGCAACACGCCCAGCCCUGCACCACCUUCCGAUCCCGGACAGAUGACCCAGAACGGGCAACAGGACGGCAUCAUCCAGUGACCCCGGAGGCUGGCCGAGCUGUCUCUCUGCCCUGACCGGAUGAAGGCGGGGCAGGGCAUCCUCCACCGGGCCCCAGGCGGGUUUGCGGGCGUGCCCCUCGGGUCGGGCGGACUCCAGGAGCGACCUCUCGUUUCGGAGGAACUCGGGACUCUGGGCACAGACCGUGCCUUUGGAAUGACGGCGGGGCCGGGGACGUAGCACUGCCAGUUGGAACGAGAAUCUCUUUCCCCCCACCCCCUUCUCCACCCCUCCCGCGCCCUGCUCCGUCCCGGAGCUGGAAGCUUGGCCGGUCGUUUUGUUUCCGAGCUGGGGGGAGCGGGCCCUGCUGUGAUGGAAGUGGCAAGAGCUGACCUGCCAUCUCAUCUCUCUCUCGAUACGAAGGUACUGAUUGAAGAGAACGCAGAUAAGUGCUCCUGCCAAGCUACUUCAACCCAACGGGCCACCACUGUGAACACCCGAUGCUGGAUUUAAUCUCUCUCCCCUUCCGGGGACUGAUGUCAGUAGGUCCGAGGCUAAAAUUCCCUCCCCUUCUCCCACCUGCUUGUGCCUAGGCACCUGGGCUAAUGCAUUCAAUGUCACAAAGGUUGGGUCUCUCUCCAUCUCUCUCUCUCUCUCUUUAUCUCUCUCAUGGCAUCUUUCUCCCUACUCUUCAGGAAUACCUCAUGGGACAGCCAUACUGGCACCCCCCGCCCUGAUUUUAAAAGCUAAGCCCCUCAAGCUAGACUGCUCAGGAGAGCUCGGGGGUUGGGGGGUCGGGGAGAGAUGCCUUCUGGCCACCAGGAGCUCGUCAUCAAAGCUCUCUCGUGCCCGGCUUUUCCCAGUGCCCUUCUUUUAGAUCACAUUGCAAACCGGAGGGAAAUUGAACAGAUGAGUGAAGGGUCCCGGCCUGAAGGUAGUCCCCUAUUGAGUUCUGGGCUGACUUUGUCAUUUCUGGGAUUAGCCAGGAGCUAAGGUGACUCCUCCUUCCCAUAAGCACGCACACCCCCCGGGAUCCAGUCCCGCAACGAAGCCGGUGUCGUCGAGGCGUUAUGCCAUUUGGCUCCCACCCCCGUGUUACUGCGGAAUGUGCAAUCCCCAACCGGGCUGAAUCCAAAGCUAAGACCGACACCGAAUGUACGGAUCGGGUAGAUCAGGGUUGCCACAGAGGCUAGGACCUUUGGAUUCCUGGAAAUUUGCCCCCUCCACCCUGCUUCCAAGCUUGCGCAUUGGGGCUAAAAUGGGAGAGCAGUAGAGAGUAAAUGUUUCACUCUUCAUCGCUUUGAGUCUGCUCGCCUUACGUUCGGUAGCUGGUGGCUUUAAUUUCUCCAGAUGGGUUUCAAGAGCCUCCUCCUCCCUCUCUAACCGAGGCUCUUUGCGGUUCCACCCCCAAGCCUUGGGGCUGAGCAGGACCACUGGGCGUAGCUAGAAUGGACGCGCCUCACCAUCCCAAAGGUCCUUGUGAGCCAACGCACGUUUCCAAACCUGUUGCUUCAAGCCGAUCCCUUCCGCCUCUUCCCUACCCGCCUCCCCGUGACAGCCAAAUCCAAAAGAAGGUCACCGUUUCCAUCAGUCCCCCGUGGCGUCAAUCAUAGGGAGACUGGAUUUAUCUUCAGCUGUUCUCCGACGAGCUCCGACGCCGAGCCGUGCUUAGGUCCGCUGUGACAUUUGACAGAGAGCAUCAUUUUGGGUUCUGUGAUGGGGCAGGGAGAGAGGCAGGGAAGGGAAAGAAAAAGAGGCAGACGGCGUAGACGGCAAACGACCUCCAACCCCAGCCUCGCUCCUUCCCCGGAAUCUCGAUUCGGCAUCCGCACCGGGACGGAGCAGCCCAGCUCAGCUCCCCGAGUCUCCAUUCGUGAUGCAGGUGCAAUCCUCUGUGGACUCCCAACCCAUUUUUGAAGUGUCAGCCAACUCUGAUUGACUUUAGGUGCCAACAGGAAUCCUGAUGGUAUUUGCUUCUUCUUUCCAGGUAUUUGUUUUAAUUAAAAAUCUUUUUUUUUUUUUAAA